AUGUUCAUUAAUUUGCUAAAUGCUUUAGGUUUGCUGCGACUACAGCAGCUCUAUCAAUCCAUGCAGCCGGGUCAGACUGCGUUCCGAAUAUCUCUUGUGAAGCGAAUUAAUAACGCUUCGGACGCUAUGGAAUUCCUGUUGGCUCUGGAACAGCAUGAUCGUUGGGGGAAUAAACGUAUAGUUCUCGAUUGCAAUACUAAAAAUGCAAAAAGCAUAAUACUAGGACACGUGCGAAAGGUGCAAUUAGGGCGGAGGACAUAUCACUAUAUGUUGAGUGGAUUGGUAAUGGAUGAUCAUUGGGAAAAUGAAGUAACGGAGUACGGUGCAGUAAAUAUCACGGGAUUUCGCAUCGUCGAUCAUUCGCGUAAGAUUGUACGCGAUUUCAUGGACGGGUUGAGAAGAAUGGAUCCCAGGUUCAAAGGAACUAUAUCGACAGCUUUAAUGUAUGAUGGGGUGCAAGUACUAAUGGAUGCUUUAGGUAGGCUAUGGAGGAAAAAGCCCGACGCAUUUCGUAGCGCUUUACGGCGGGCCGCCGGUCAAGCCAAUUCCACUAAAGUCAUUGAUUGCAAUCCAGGAAAGAGCUGGGUAGUGCCAUUUGAACACGGAGAUAAGAUCUCGAGACUUAUCAAAAAGACCGACGUCGAGGGACUUACAGGAAAUAUAUCGUUCAACGAGGAAGGUCAUCGUCAUAAUUUUACAUUGCAAGUUGUUGAAAUGACCGUACAGAGUGCUAUGUUGCAAGUCGCUUCAUGGUCAGACACACAAGGCUUGACAAUUGUACAACCGAAAUAUGUCCAGCUACGUUCACCAGCGUCAUAUGACACGAAUAGAACUUAUAUAGUGACGAGCAUCCUGCAGGAACCCUACUUAAUGUUAAGAACGGAACAUAUGCCUAAUGAUGAAAACUUACACGGAUUUCUAAAAGACCUGACUGACAUCAUUGCGAAGAAAAUGGGAAUCAAAUAUGAACUUCGUCUUGUAAAAGAUGACAAAUACGGAAGCGAGACUCCGAGUGGGUGGAAUGGGAUGAUUGGUGAAAUAAUCAGAAAGGAGGCGCACAUUGCAGUAGCACCUCUAGGUAUUACUGCAGAGCGUGAAAGAGUUGUAGACUUUAGUGAACCAUUUCUAUCUAUUGAUGCUCCAGUGCCAUACAAGAGAGUACCGAAACAGUUCUCUGAUACAUUCAGCUUCUUAAAACCACUAUCAAAAGAAAUAUGGUUGUGUGUGCUAUUCAGUUUCUUUGCUGUCAGCAUAGUCCUGUUUCUGGUGUCCAGAUUCUCACCACACGAAUGGAGAUCUGUAACGAUUUCUGAUACACAACUAGAUCGUCCUAUUAGCAGUACAAACGAGAUUAUACUACACAAUGAUUUCAGCAUAUGGAACUCAUUUUGGUUUUCACUGGGAUCAUUUAUGCAACAAGGCAGCGAUGUCGUGCCGAGGAGCCGAGAGGAAGACAACCUCUGUAAAAAAUCACCCAUGGGGGAAUUGGGUGGUCUCCCAGAGCAGGGUUCGCCUGAAGAAGGCGGACAACCGGCCCGGCUAGCCGUGGGUGUUAAUCGGUCACUAUCAGGAAGAAUAGUGGGAACGGUGUGGUGGUUUUUCGCGCUCAUUCUCGUGUGUUCGUAUACGGCUAAUUUGGCCGCUUAUUUGAUCGUGGAGAGAAUAUCGGAGCCAGCUCAGACGAUCAACUAUCCACCAAACGGUGCACAAUAUGAAAGCACGCCGUUUUCUUGGAGCCACUUAGUAAAAGAAUCGAUGAUUAUGGGCGAUGAUGAGAUCGCAUCCGACUUCGGUGCCAAUAGUAAAGAUCGAUUUGCGUGCGAUUCAGUUUCGCGCAUUUGCCACUAUAAACACAUAAAUUUCGCUAUUGCCACUGCCAAAGGAUCGCCUUUGAGUACUUUACCGCCAACACUCAGAUCUCCCAGGAGGAUGCUGUACACGCCAACUUUACUCAUGUCUGAUCCGCGGAAAAGGGCGGCGGCGUAG